UUCCUCAACAGAUUGCAAACAUUUUGGCCCCUCAAAAAGUUCAAAUAAAAUAUAGAAUCACUGAAUCUUUCCCCUUUUUGGCAUUUUCAAAUCUUGACCCAUCUUGAUUUUGCUCAAUUUUAGAAACCCAGAACUAAAAGUACCAAACUUUACUCAAUUUCCAAUUGAAGCUCUUUUCCUCAAAACAGUUUUCACAUCUUCCACCAAGCAAUGACAUUCGGAUUUCGAUUCAAGAAAUUGGUUUUUGUUCAAAAAAGAUUCUAUUCAUGGAAGUCUUCUCUGCAUUUGAUAUUUUUUUUUAUCUGAUUGCUAGUUUUAUGCUGCAUUAGACUAAUUUCGUUGGAUCCUUUUGUUGAAUUUUAGGUAGGAGUUCGAAUCUGCAGCUUGCCACUGGUUCCUACAUCUUUCCAAAUUUAGAAAGUAAUUUGUUGAAGUAUGAGGAAAACUGGAUUGGGAAAGAAUUGAAUUGAAUUAAGUAGUUGGGGAUUUUAAAGAUUGUUUCACAAGAUUACAAGGGUGUCCUUUUAUUCACAAGAAAGAUGACAUGAGUUAUUGUUCAAACCUCAAAGUCACUUGACACUUGUCAUCACCUCUCGAAUGAUGUCGACAUUUAUCAUGCGCAAAACGUGUGAUUAUUAGGGUUUAUAAAGAAACAAGAGUCUAGAAUUUGUGGGAUUUCAGAGAAAAAUGGGGCAUUCUGCAGCAAUCUGGGAUUCCAAGCUUGCAAUUGAAAGAGUCAAAGACUGGAAUGGAAUCGAUCAAAUCGUACUUCGGAAUCCACAAGGCGCUUCGGCUAGGGUCAGCUUGCAGGGUGGCCAUGUCAUUUCAUGGCGGAAUGAUCAAGGCCAAGAACUCCUGUUUACUAGUACUAAGGUGAAUGUGAAGGCUCCAAAAGCAAUGAGAGGGGGUAUUCCAAUCUGUUUUCCUCAGUUUGGAAACUGUGGUUCACUUGAGCAACAUGGAUUUGCAAGAAACAAAAUCUGGGUUGUUGAUGAAGAUCCUCCACCUCUUCCCACAAAUGAUUCAAAUGGGAAAUCGUUUGUUGAUUUGCUACUAAAACCAUCUGAAGAAGAUCUCAAAUCUUGGCCUCACAGCUUUGAACUUCGGCUUAGAGUGUGCCUUGGAAUGGAUGGGAAUCUGAGCUUGAUAUCGCGUGUGAGGAACAUGAAUGGGAAGCCGUUUAGUUUCUCAUUUGCUUAUCACUCAUAUCUAUCUGUUUCCGACAUAAGUGAAGUGAGGGUAGAAGGUUUAGAAACAAUGGAUUACUUUGACAACCUUUGUGAAAGAGAACGGUUUACUGAACAAGGAGAUGCCAUUACCUUUGAAUCCGAGUUUGAACGGGUGUAUCUGAGUUCGCCAAAUUGCAUUGCUGUACUUGAUCAUGAAAGGAAGCGGACAUAUGUGCUAAGAAAAGAAGGCCUACCAGACGUUGUGGUGUGGAAUCCAUGGGAGAAAAAAUCAAAAGCAAUGGCAGAUUUAGGAGAUGAAGAAUACAGACAGAUGGUUUGUGUUGAUGGAGCAGUAAUUGAGAAACCGAUUACUUUGAAAGCAGGAGAAGAAUGGAUGGGUCGCUUGGAGAUUCUUGUUGUUCCUUCAACUUUUUGCAGCGACUUUUCUAAUUUUAAUUAAGAUAUUUUCAUCUUUUUAUCUAUUAGAUUUGCAUGUUAUAGGAUCUUGUGUUUAUUGUGUUCUAUCAUAUGUGUUAUAAAGUAAGCUAAAAAGUUGGCCUUCUUCA